UGAAACAUGAUGUGAAUUCAUGCGUUAACCGGUUAAUAGAAUAGAAAGUAGUUCCAACCUAUUCAACAUAAUUGUUUCAUUGACAUUGUCAUAGUGAAAUGGCGGACGUCAGAGAGAGCAACAUGUCUAUCGGGCAAAAAUUAUACGAAGACAUUGUAAUAGUGGUUUCAGAUGAGAAAAACGACAAAAAAGAAGUUUUAGGAGAGGUGGUGCUAAUCCCAGCUGUGACGGACUGCCAAAAUGUGGUAAAUCCGAUGACAGAUGACCCUUGCGAGUGUGAACCUCUGGUCCACGGUGUCGGUGUCAAGGAAAGGAAUCAGGGUCACCCAGACGACGGGUCAGAUGAUGCCCGUGUUGGCGUUUGCGUUAAUAGUAAUGGAACCAAAAUCAAACAUGGCUUGCAAACCGCUGGAAAAUUUUUACUGGUUCUUGGAUUCCUGUAUUUCUUCAUAUGCUCACUGGGACUUCUUGGUGCAGCAUUUCAGUUGCUUGGAGGAAAAACUGCAGGAAAGGUAUUUGAGCAAUCAGAACUGCUUAGUAACCCUGUUUGCGGGUUGAUGAUUGGUAUCUUGGCAACUGUUUUGGUUCAGAGUUCAAGUACAUCCACCAGUAUAAUAGUUACCAUGGUAGCAUCAGGAAUUAUUGGUGUGAGACCAGCUAUACCAAUGAUCAUGGGAGCAAAUAUUGGAACCAGUGUAACCAACACAGUAGUAUCCAUGGCUCAAGUUGGUGACAGGAACCAGUUCAGAAGAGCUUUCUCUGCAGCUACAGUUCAUGAUAUGUUUAACUGGCUCUCAGUUAUUAUUUUACUGCCAUUAGAGUGUGCUACAGGAUAUUUAGAGAAACUGACAGGUGCAUUGACAAAAUCCUUUAAAGGAAGUAGUUUUAAAGGAGGAAAACAGGAUUUCCUGAAAGUUAUCACUAAACCACUCACUAAACUUAUUGUUGAGCUUGACAAGAAAAUCUUGCAGAAAAUUGCUGUUGGUGACAAAAAUUAUGAAGACAAAAGCUUGAUAAAGAGAUUCUGUGUGAAAGAGGCAGAUAAGGGUGAUUGGAUAUACAACAUGACUGCCACUGUUAAUACCACACUCAAUUCAACAAUGAAUGUUACUGAACAAGGAGGUCCCAGAUGUGCAUCAUUAUUCAGCGUUCUGGACUUGAAUGAUACAGUUUCCGGUGUGAUCUUACUAAUUUUCUCCCUGGUGGUGCUUUGCUGUUGUUUAGUGGGCAUGGUAAAGGUACUAAACUCUAUGAUGAAGGGACCAAUAGCCAAAGCCUUGAAGAAUGUAGUAAAUGCCGAUUUCCCAGGAUGCUUCAAGUUUUUAACAGGAUAUGUAGCCAUGUUGGUUGGGGCAAUAUUAACUGUUUUAGUUCAGAGUUCAUCUGUAUUUACUUCUACACUAACUCCAUUGGUAGGACUUGGAUUAAUUAAAGUUGAUCGAAUGUACCCUCUGACUUUGGGAUCAAAUAUAGGUACCACCAUGACAUCAGUAUUAGCAGCAUUUGCGGCAUCAGAAAAUAAACUGGAUGUAGCGCUCCAGAUAGCACUUUGUCAUUUCUUCUUCAACAUUUCUGGAAUUUUGAUCUUUUACCCAGUUCCUGUUAUGAGAAGAGUACCAAUUCGAGCUGCCAAGUUUUUGGGGAAAAUUACCUCCGAGUACAGAUGGUUUGCAGGAAUGUACAUUGUAUUGUCUUUUUUGUUGUUGCCUGUGAUGGUAUUUGGAUUGAGCAUGGCUGGACAAAUUCCAUUUAUAGUUGUAGGAUCUAUUGUACUUUUCAUUAUCUUUAACGUAGUAGUGCUGAACGUGUUGCAGAGUAAAAAACCAACAUGGUUACCUGCACGAUUAAGGACAUGGGAUUUCUUGCCAGAAUUUUUGCAUUCAUUAAAACCAUACGAUAAAGUGUUCACUGCCUGUUCUAUAUGUUUCUGUACAAGUUGUCAGAAAAAAGACUCGGUAUAUAAUUCUUUGCCAUUGACAGAAAGUGCUUCAAGUUCUCCUAAUAGUAGCUCGAACAGUAGUAGAUUUCCAAGCACAGCAAAUUCAACAGUUGAUCUUCUUCACAACCGUGUAUGAUGAUACUUUUAAUUUAGUUGUGCACAUAUUUAUUUAUUUAUUUUUGGGUUCUUUUUUUUUUGUUAAUAUUUUAUACAUGAAAACUUGAUGAUAAACCAAAAAAAUUCU